AUGACUUCACCACUCGCACGACCAUCACGGCACGUCCUUGCGCUUCUUCUAUGCCUCGACUUUCUCGAAUAUUCGCGGGCCCUUGCACAGUCUGGUGAUGGCGGUGGAGCUCAGGGCGUGGAACCUGGCGACAUCGGCUCCAGUCCUGGAAGUUCCACAGAAGACGCUGGGGCUGCAGGUCCGGAUACUGGCUCGGUAAACCUGAGCCGGGGGGCUACGAUCGCAAUUGCCCUGGUUGUUAGUAUCAUAGUUGUCCUAAGUGGCACGAUGACCGUUUUGUUCUUCUUGGCAAAGAAGAGACAAUGGAAGAUCAAGGAAAGCAUUCGGCGGUCAGCAAGAAGAUUCACGAGCGCGGUCAAGGCCGUUACGACACCAAUUACGCCCAAGAAAACGACAUUCUCUCCAGUUGAGAAGAGACGACUGGCCGAGGACACAUUGAAGAACGCGAACGAUCAAUUAUCAAAAUCCAAAUCGGAUGCGGCCAAUGAAAAGAAGCCAGGGAGCGGAAGCCGAUCGUCGUCGACAGGCAGUAUUCGCGAUCUCGAAAAGGGACAGACUGAUUCUGCUGUCAAGGUCGAAACAAGAAGGGAAAACGACACGGCAGGAGGCACGGCUGCAAAGAAGGAUAAGGAACGGCCAAGGCUUCCCAGUGUCACCAUUCCCUCUUCGGCCUUUGAGAUGGACAGCCCGAAGACGCCCUUGUGGAAGAGAGUAUUUGGACGAUAG